CCCCUGCCUGGCGGCCCGCUACGGGAGGACGGGGCAUGAGCGGGUCGGUGCUGCGUGGCCUGCGGUUGCGCGCGCCCCUUCUGCCUCUCUUUGCCUCGGGAGGACUCUGGAGGCAGCCCCAGCUGUCAUGCAGCACCAGGGAGGAGGGCACUGCGAGGCUUGUGGGGCGGUUCCCGAUACCCAAUAAGAAGGACUUGCCAUAUGACAUCCUGGAGCUCAUGGAGGAAGUGGAAAUGAAGACUGGAUUCCUGCCCAAUGUGUUCAAAGCCAUGUCUCACCGGCCUGCUGAAUUCAGAGCUUUUUUUGCUUAUUACAAUGCCAUCAUGAACAAAGACACAGGGCGACUCAGCAAGGCAGACAAAGAGCUCAUCAUUGUGGCUACCAGCACUGUGAAUAGAUGUCCCUACUGCGUGGUUGCACAUGGAGCACUUCAUCGGAUCUAUUCCAAGCAGCCAAUGCUGGCUGACCAGGUCAUCGUGAACUGGAAACUGGCCGAUCUGAGUGACCGGGAGCUGGCCAUGCUGGAGUUUGCACUUGCCAUCUGUCGAGCUGAGAACGUGACUGAAGAACAUUUCCAAAAGCUGGAGAGGCAUGGGUUUGACCGUGAAGAUGCCUGGGACAUUGGCAUGAUUUCGGCUUUUUUUGCCAUGUCGAAUCGCAUAGCUCAUUUAAUUGACCUGCGCCCAAACCCAGAAUUCUGUGCCAUGGGCAGGAUGCCCGGCGUAGAGAGGGAGCAGGAGGAAGCUAAGCACACCUGAUGUGGUUCUCUGAGAGCAUCCGAGAGAUUGAUCAAGCUGUAAAUUGUCAA